CUCUGUUCUGUUUCCUCUCUAAUCACUUUUUCUGUUGUUAGUGUCUGAUCUGACUUGUGUCGCCUCUCGUCGUGUUGUCUGUCUUCUUCCACUUGUUGUUUGUUGGCACUGUUAUGGAUUUCAAGACUGUUGUGACCAUCUCGGCUCUUUUACUCAUUACUGCUGUACAAACAGCCCUCCCCACAGGGAACUUCAGUAACGAAGUCAACCUAUCCAGUGCUGCUCCAGCGACCGAUGCUGCCCCCACCUCCGACCCCAGCAUCUCUUCACCUGUCCGCAGCUUCCUCACUGUCAAGUGGACAGGUAACUGUGAGGGACAACUAAUCCUCCACCAUAACUCCACUCCUUCACAUGUCUGUCAUGACAGUAAUAAAACCAUCCAGAGUCUUUUGACAAACGUGUGUGAGAACAAGAAAGGUUGUAAAGACCCACUGGACUGGAAGAAAGGCAAAGACAUGCCGAGUGGUUAUCACAUCAUAGAGGAUAGAGCAGAGCAGAGGAUCAGCUGUGUGGCACUGAAGGUCAAAUGCAAAGCUGAGCCAGUUGAGGUCAAACCAGAUGUUCAGGAGCAGCUGCACGUCUACAAAACGGUGACGGCUUUGCUCGGCUGUGUGCUGGUGGUCCUUUUUCUGAUCCGCUUCUGCAGACCCACCGUCAAAGCCCUGCAGAAGAGACUGUCCGACAGGUCGCAGACUCGCUGGGUCGGACCUACACAGAGUCACAGUGUGUCUCACCAUCGAGGGAACACUUGUAACAAUGACGGAGAGAAGAGACUGUCCUACCCUGCACUGGAGCGACUGACAGUCAGCGACAGCAGAGAACCUUCAUCCAACAGGAGCAGCGGCUACAACUUCUGAUCUGCAUAUUCCUCAAUCAUCAUCAUCAUCAUCAUCAUCAUCAUCAUCAUCAUCAUCAUCAUCAUCAUCAUCAUCAUCAUCAUCAUCAGUAUUUAUCUCUGUGCAGAAACAUCAGCUCUGUUUGUUGAGGAGUUAGUUGCCAAGACAUUUUCUAAGAUUGUGUAAAAUUUAUCAUUCAUACAUGAAUUCUAUUAUAAGCCUCUCUUAUUGUACCACCAUAGAUGUACAGUAUGUAAACUCAAGUAGGCAGUGUUCUUCUACCUGUGUGUGUGAGAAACGACACCAGAUCAAGGUUUUUCAUGUUGACUGAUGUUAGAUAUUUUAAUAGAACCUUACAAUAUUUUGGGAAACAGUUAUUUGCCAUCACUAUACACUGUGCUCAUACACUAUUGUAGUGGAAAAUUCCACUGACCAGUGUCUAAGGUAAUGGAAAGUCCCACUGACCAGUGUCUCACUGCUGUGAUACCUGACAGGGUGGAACCCUUAUUUGGCGGUGUCUCACUGCUAUGACCUUGAUAAACAGGGUGUAUGCCCUUAUUUGGUGAUGUUUUCUUCCAACUGCUACAGCGGACG